CGCUGGUGUACAGCCCUGUCGGUCACGUGCCGUGUAUCGUGCCCAACUGCGCGCGCGCGGACCGUCCUAGUGGUAUCAAAUUACGAGGGUGCACACUAGAGCGAAGGAAGGGCAUCACAACUACACAAGUCAUGCCCAAUAAAACCAAGAAGGACAAGGCUCCUUCCAAGAAUGCCGUUGGGGCGAAGAAUUCCGGUAAAGAAGGAGGGGAGAACUCUGAGGAGGCUAACAGAAACCGUGCGGCGACCAACAACGUCCCCCCUCCCACCCAGCUCACCAAGAUCAAGCUGACCGGUGGGCAGCAACAUGUGGUCAAGAAGGACAAGCGACAGAGCUCGUCCAGGUUCAACAUCAGCAAGAACAGGGAGCUGCAGAAGCUGGCUGCGCUCAAGGAUGCCAGACCAGAGGAGAGAGAGGACCUGUUUGUCCAGAAGCUACGGCAGUGCUGCGUCGUCUUUGACUUUGUCAAUGAUCCCCUGAGCGACCUGAAAUGGAAGGAAGUGAAGAGAGCAGCGCUGAACGAGAUGGUGGAGUAUGUGACCCACAACAGGGGUGUCAUCACGGAGGCAGUGUAUCCAGAGGCAGUCAAUAUGUUCUCAAUAAACGUGUUCCGUACGCUGCCGCCGACAUCCAACCCCAACGGAGCGGAGUUUGACCCAGAGGAAGAUGAACCAACACUAGAGGCUGCGUGGCCACAUUUACAGAUCGUUUAUGAGUUCUUCCUGAGGUUCUUGGAGUCCCCAGACUUCCAACCAAACACAGCCAAGAAGUACAUAGACCAGAAGUUUGUUUUACAGCUGCUGGACCUGUUUGACAGUGAAGACCCCAGGGAGCGGGAUUUCUUGAAAACGACGCUGCAUCGCAUCUAUGGCAAAUUCCUCGGGCUCAGGGCUUACAUCAGAAAACAGAUCAAUAACAUAUUUUAUAGGUUUAUAUAUGAAACAGAACACCACAACGGCAUAGCAGAACUUCUAGAGGUCUUGGGAAGUAUAAUCAAUGGGUUUGCGCUGCCGCUGAAGGAGGAACAUAAGGUGUUCUUACUGAAGGUCCUGCUGCCCCUCCACAAGGUCAAGUCUCUCAGUGUCUACCAUCCGCAGCUGGCCUACUGUGUAGUCCAAUUCCUAGAGAAGGAUGCUAGUCUUACAGAACCGGUAAUAAUGGGGUUGCUAAAGUUCUGGCCAAAGGUCCAUAGUCCAAAAGAGGUAAUGUUCCUGAAUGAAUUAGAGGAAAUCCUAGACGUGAUUGAGCCCUCUGAGUUCCAGAAGGUUAUGGUCCCCCUCUUCAGACAGCUGGCGCAGUGUGUCUCCAGUCCACAUUUCCAGGUAGCAGAAAGAGCGUUGUAUUACUGGAACAACGAGUACAUAAUGAGUUUGAUCAGUGACAACGCUCAGGUCAUACUUCCCAUCAUGUUCCCAGCUCUCUACAAGAACUCCAAAACACACUGGAACAAGACAAUCCAUGGCCUGAUCUACAAUGCUUUAAAGCUGUUUAUGGAGAUGAACCAGAAGUUGUUUGACGACUGUACCCAACGGUACAAAGCAGAGAGACAAAAAGAAAAAGAAAAGGUUAGGGAAAGAGAAGAGGCUUGGGAUAGGAUAGAACACAUAGCUCAGACCAAUCCUAUGUGCGACGGGUAUCUUGAAAACUCUAGGCUACCGCAUUUCCCUGGCAGCAGCGGGUCCGUUGCCAUGGAAACAGACGCCAAUGACGAUGCGGAGCUGUCCUUAGACAAAAUGAAUGAAAGAGGACAGAAGAACAAUGUUGGGCGCCAUCGGUUAUCGGGCUGGAGUCAGUAGGGGUAAAGAUUUGAAGAAGAUGCUGCCGCGCCGGAAGUCAGAGCUCCCCCAUGACUCCCUGACCAUGCGAGCUUUGUCUGAUCACAAACGUGCCGACGAUUACCUCACUACCUCCCCCGAAACCAGCUGAACGCCCAGUCUGUCUGCAUGUUAUACAGGCUCUUAUCUCUUCUUUGUUCUCUUCUGUUGUAAUUUUGUCGCAGGUUUCCUCAGAAAUGUUUCAUAUGGUAGCAUUCCGUGAAUCGUAACAUAGUAGUGUACUCCUGUGUUCAUGGCCAAGCACCAUAGUUAAGACCUGAUCUGGUUUCUGUAGUGGGAACAGGGGUUGUUGGAACAAACUCUGGUCCAUCAUGUGUUAGUUUCUGUGCCCUUUAAGAGUAAUGUGUUCUGUCACCAAAUUUCGAAUGUCUGUGUACGUGUACAUAUGAGAUGUCCGUGGAAAACAAACGUAAUUUCUUGCCAGUAAGUGUAACCUUAUCAUUAUGAUUAUCAUUGCAGUGUGCUUGAGUUCUGUUAUGUACAUGUAUGUGUCUUAUUUACUGAUGGUCAGAGCCAAGCCAAUUCUUUUUUUUUUCAAUCACACAAUAUUAAUCAUGAUGAAUACUGGUAACCCAAGUGUUUGUUUUACAAUGUUUUAACCAUUACCGUUAGAUAUAUUAUUUUCUUCAAACUGUCAUCUUUUCAACUUGGCUUCUAAAAUAGUAUCAGUCAGAAGUCUGUGACUUUGAGUUUCUUUACUGCCUUUGUUCACCCCAUAUGGUUUCUGUACUGUGUAGUCUGUAUGGCAUGCCAUGUGGGCUUUUCAAAUACAAAAAGGUUAUGGAGAGAGUAGUAGAGUUAAAGACUUGAGUACAGUGCCACAGUAUGUUCUAUGGAGAAAAUUGAUAUAGAAUCUGGUAACCACCAUAUAUUGUACACCUCCCAGGCACCCCCUUCUUGCUAAAGAAAGUAUAGCUGCUUAUAAGGUAGUAGAUAAGGGCCGGUGUUUGCCUUUUAAAAGGACUGGUACAAGAAUGAUGUAGCUCCAUAUACAUGUACUUAGCUAUAGCACAUUGAGGAGAUGUGUGAACACUUUCCCAAGACAAUUUAUUCUAUCUUUUUUUUAAAAGAAAGAUACUACUGAGGAAUAACAACUGUUUUUUUCUGCUAAAAGUUGUGAUUGUGUAAUGUAUACAAACCUUUGGCUUGGCAAUCCUGAAAGGUAGAAAAAUAUUUUUAAUGUUUGUAUUGAUGACGCUGCAUCUCAAAGGUUUGUAUUGAUCGAUCAUUGUACAUUGUAUGCACAGUAGGUGAGAAGAGUGUAAAAGAAAGCAAAUGUUGUUAUUCCUCAGGAUUUUUGGACAUACCCUUGACAGCUCAGAAUGUGAGGAGUGCAAAAUUGUAAUUAAAUUAGAAUCUGGAGAAGGGGAACCAAUGCGGCAUGGGCCAGUCAAUCUGUGCUGGAGGGAGAAGAAUUAAGUUAUAAUUGUUCUAAAUAUCGGAUGCUAUUUUCUGCCCAAAUCUCUGUGCUGUGUAAGGAAGACCCAGCAACUUGUAAUGAAGUUGGUAGUUUAGAGCCCUUUUAUGCCCUUGUACUUUACAAGGAAAAGCUUCCCUACUAGUUCUACUUGUACAUAAUGAUGAAUAUUGUUAGAGAAGAAGAUAAAGAGAAAAAAAUUGGCAUCUGUAUUUUCCCAGGAUCCUCUGUAACAAUACAGGGGUUAGAGGUUGGAGGUCAUUGGAAUAGACCAUGUUGCCUUCUCGAAUAAAAAAAAGCCUGUACAAACGUAUACUUGCAUCGAGCUGGAUUGUCAACCUGUGGUCCAAUGUAUUGAAUGCUAAAUAGUAACAGAAGACUAAAUAAAAAGAUGUC